CCGAAUAAGGAACUAAUCAAAGCAGAGGCGGCGUAGCAUUGGCUCUAUUUGGUCAAGGCGACCCUCGAAGAAGUGAAUAAGGAGGCACUGCGCCUGCGCGGAAAAGGGGCCUGCUUUGGAGGUAUUUUGACUCAAGGAUUGCAUUCUUUGACCUGCUUCCGGAAGUGACCUUUGACCUCACCAACUUUGCUCUCUGUGGCCUUUCUCCUGCAGCUUCUGAUCUUGAACUCUAGUUUUGACCUUUGACCUACAACCUUGAACUUUUGUUUUGACCUGCAGCCUCCAGCCUUGAAGUCUAGUUUUGACCUUUGACCUGCAGCCUUCAGCUUUGAACUCUAAUGGUGACCUUUGACCUGCAGCAUUGAAUUCUAGCUUUGACCUGCAGCCUCCAGCCUUGAACUUGGCUUUUGAUCUUUCUCCAGGGCCACCCUUUUGAGGUCCCUGAAGCUGAAGCCCCCUUGGACCUCUGCAGGCCCACUUGCUGCUGCACUCGGCCCAUGCUCUGGGGAAGGCAUGUCUGAAGCCUCGGAGGGCACAGCAGCAGCCCCACCACCUCCACCAACGCUGCCCCCCUUUUCCUGGGGUGCCCCCUCCGCCUCCUCUUCCCCCGCCUCCACCUCCGGGGCUACAGGGGACCCGGCUCCUGAAGGCCGCCUUGGAACAAACGGAGCCUGGGGACCACGAUGGGAUUCGGGAGCUCCUGAGACGGAGGCAAGCCAGGUGGGAUGGAUCCCCAGCUACACUGGGCCAAGAGCAUAGAAGACAUCAAUAGAGAAGACGUGCUCUUUUGAAAUGAUACCUCCCUGAAUUCCCAGGCGAUGUGGGGGAUUCUGGGAUCUGCCAUCCCACAAGGGUUACCCUUCACAAGGUCCAGUGCAGCGACAGCCUCUUUGAUGUGCUAAGAAUGGAGUUCUGUCCUUUGAAAAGGGAGGCAAAUAACCACAUGGAGCACAACUAUCCUUCGUUUCCUAGACGUGGGAAAGGCGUUAAACGAUAACUAACAAAUACUGUUUAUAAUUUAAAUAGAUAUGUGUGUAUAUGUGUGUGUAUAUGUGUGUGUGUGUGUAUGACUACAAGCUUCAGCCAGUAUUUAAUACUGUUCAUAUAAAGUACACAGAUUCUUUUUUCAGUGUCAUAUAUUGAAAACCAGAAUGCAAAGCUGCAUUUUUGGACAGUGGAGCCAAUGUAACUGUUCAUGUUGGAUCCUCUCACAGGAGGCCAAAAAUAGUGUUUGGUUCCUUCUGGUCCUCCUUGGGGGACUUCUUAUAGUGUCAUAGGAUUUUCACAUGUACAGAGAUCUUGUAGCACCUUUGAGACUAACUUGAAAGAAGUUGGCAGCAUAAGCUUUCAUAGACUGUUGGACUGAAUCUGUUCAGAGGAGUCCUGUGUAAACUCCAGACUCUGCUUUUGGAAUUGCAUGCUCUUCUGGGUUCUACCUCUCUUUAUCCCCUACUUUCCAUUUCAGUUUUUAGCUUGGCAGUGAGAUGAGGAUGUGCGUAGGAUGCUGUUAGCAACCACAGUUUCACUUGCAAUUUAAAUACGCUAAUUGCAAAAGUGUUAUCUUCCUCUGGAAUGUGUUGGCUCCCAGUGUGUCCUUUGGGUGAUGCUCUAGUUUGUCUCCUUGUAUCUCCAUUUCCACUUGCCUUCCUUUUCUCAGAAAGAGUACUGCUCCUCCAGAGACAACUGCAGCUGAAAUAGUUUCCUGAGCCGUUCCUCCCAAGAGUUUGGAGAUGAGAGCUUUGUUAAUUAUGCAGAGGAAGGAAAGUGCUGCUAAUGUUGGGCUAGUCUUAAGGGGCUGUGUUCUCUCUCUUUGCCUUACAGCUUCAGUGAGCAUUUAAAGUGGCUCCUUUUCAACAACCCUGUGCCUUCCUUAAUCCAGGAGGGUCCCCAGUGAGUACUGAAUUUUCAUCUUUACUGUAAAGGGGAACUGUGCAUUAGGAGCUUGUUGAAUAGAUGAGAACUUAUGCAACCCAGACUCUGCACCUGGUACAGGAAAAUCAAAAGAAAAGCUCACAUAUGAGAUAUCUAUAUAUCUUAAUGGCUUACUUAUUGGGAGCAGUGUGAUGUAGUAACUGAGUAUUGCACUAUGACUUUGGGAGACGAAGGUUUGAAUCCUCACUGGGCUACAAAAGCUUACUGAGUAACUUUGGGUAGGUCCCACUUUCUCAACCUCAGAGGAAGAUAAUGUCAGCCCUACUUCUGAACACACAUUUUGCCUAGACAAUCCUCUGAAAAGUUUGCUUUAGGAUCGCCGUAAGUUGAAAAUGACUUGAAGGCACACAACAAGCUCAAUUGCAUUUUGGGGAGCACAAAACCAUGUGUUACCUUUUCAGUAGCCCUCGGAGGAAGUGAGGGUAAAAGACUAUGUAGCUUGUUCAUGGCAGCCCCUUGAGCAGUCUUCAGUUUAGCAAAAGGAUCUGAAUGUGCUCAUUGGGACAUAUACUGGUGAAAGUACAUUCACCAGUAUAGGAGAAAGUACAUUCAUAACUCUGUAUAUCUUAUCUUUUAUCCUUUGUGGGCAACUACAGAAAAGGUUAUGCAAAAACAUCCUCCCAAUGCUGAUUAAGAAACCCAACUUCCAGCUAGACAGACUGCAAGAAGGAAAAAAGGUCUUGAUGAAUAUAAAAAGACUGUAACAAGGAGCUUCUUCAUUGGAGGCUUUAUAACCAGAAGUAUAUAAUGUGUGGUCUGGUGGCCCUAUGGAUGGCAGGCGCCCUUCUCUCUCUGCCCAAAGAGGUUUCCUUGGAGAGAAUUGUGCAAGUGGCUUUGGAAAGAGGCUAUACAGCGCAGGGGGAGAUGUUCUCAGCUGCUGACAUGGCCAAACUAGCUACGGAGGUCUUUCCUUGCCAAGCAGAGCUGCUGUCAGGAGGGUUGGAGGGACAUAACCAUGAAAGGAUCCUUCGGCAUCUCAGUGCUGGCUUCCCUGUGCUGAUACCCUACGAUGAAGACUCCAACCAUGAACCCUGCUUCCGCAGCGGCUACAAGGCUCACUGGGCCAUUGCUUCAGGAGCUCUACUUGGUCUGAAGAGUGGCUCCCAGAUGCCUCCCUGCCAGGAAGACACAGAGAUCUCUGGACUCUUCCAUGCCAGCCCCUGUGUUUCAAUCUUCCCACUAGACGCGGUGGCUGAGACAUAUUUGCUGUCCAAGCAGGGUGGUGUCCGAGAGGGUCUGUGUGGAAAGGCAGUGCUGCUGCAACCAAAGGCACCAGAUGGCUCCAACCCCAGCGAAUGACCAUCAUUUCUCAAAGUUAUUUACAGCUGUGGCCUUAAUAGAAGUUUGGACUGGUUUUUAAAAAGACAGUAACAGCAGCUAUGAGAAGAGCUUCCAGGUUCAAAGGCAGUUAGCCACUUAAUACUAACUCCAUGUGUGAAGAGAUAAACAGGAAAAGGAGUGUUGCCUUUGUGCCCUGUGGGUGCUUAAAUGAAGGUGCUGGACUAGAUGAAGUUUUGUACACAGGAGAGGCAGUAGAUUCUGGAUGGAAUCAUGUAGUGCACUAUCCCAGCGGUUACAUAUUUUCAGGAUUGUAGAGUAGUAAAAAUCUCCCAGCUCCAAGGAGCCUACUGUAUAUACUCAUGUAUAAGUCUACAGAUUUUAGUCCAAAAAUUGAUCCAAAAAAACCUGGGUCGACUUAUCCAUCCAUCAAUGUAAGUACUGUACUUUAACUCAUAUAUAUAAAAAAGCAAGAGUGGUGGAAAAGCAAGAGCUUAGUCCAUCCUGGGAACACCUAAAAGAAGCACCAACCCUGUCUACUUUCUCAUCCAUUUGGCCUUUAGGAUUAACACAAACAGUCAUGCCUGAUAGAAUUUUCUAAGUUCUUUGGCAUCAUUUUCCUUUACUUCAUCCUUUAUACCCAUCAUUACACGCACCUAAGUUUUACACUCAACUUACGGGUCUUAUCAAAAUUCAUAAUGUUGGCCCCAAAACCUGCCCUUGACUUAUACAUGAGGGCAACUUACUAGUUGAGUAUAUACAGUACUUCUCUAAUGCCUUUCACAGUUGCUGUGCCCCUUUUCCUCCUCCAUCUCUGGAUAGGUGAAAGGAUGAUGUAUCUUGGAUUAAAUGAAGAAACUUGCCUUCAGUUCUCUUUUAAAUUCCACUUACUGUGCAGGAUCGCAUGCAUUGGGGAGUUAUUCUGGGCCAAGGCACGGAUGACGCCUGUGAGACCUUUAGGGAAAUCUCAGUCUUGGAUAAGCCUCCGACUUCCUCCCCACAAAGGAAGAAUAAACAGCCAUUCAUUGCCACAUUCCCAGAAUAGCAAGGCGUCAGGGGGAAGAAUGUCUGGAAUUUCCUUUUGUUGCAAAGCCAGGCUAGUUUAACACUAAUAAAAAUGUGCUGUUUUCUUAAACUAAGCUGAAAGAAGAGGGAAAUCUAUACUCCCAAGUGUCUUUGGGACCCAGUUUUUGUUGCCAGUGUUGUAUCAAAGGUUUGAGGGCUCGCGUGAUCUGUAAUACAGAAAAUGGAUGGGUGAAGGAAUGAGCUCCAGUACCUCCUUCAUAACUGAUUCUGUUUGAAGGGGCAGGGAGAGUUUGACAAAUACUGGCAGGUCUUCUUUUACAUCCGGAUUGUGUUCCUAAAUUUAUGAUGUAAAUUUAAGACUGACUCAAUUGUAUUGAGAAUUAUUGGUGACUAGAGAGAUGUGUUCUAAGGAAGGAAAAUUAGCAAUUUUACUCAACCUACCAUCAGUUAUAAAUAAUAUUAUUUUAUGGGAGAGACUGUGGGAGAAUCUUUCUUUUCUUUGCCUGUUUCUGAAGAAACAUACAUUUGGAAUAUUGUAAACUGGGGCAAUAGAAAUUAUGACUGACCUGUAGCUGCCUCAGCAUCAGUUCUUCCAUUUAUAAUAUGAGAACAAGAACAUGAUGCUAUAGACUUGCUGUAAUGGUGAACAAACCAAAGGACUGUAAACUACUUUGGACAUUAAAAGUGCUGCAGAACUGAUGAAUAACAUAC